AAGUGAAGGGGUUGGUCAAUGGGAUUGAGAAUCCCAUUCACGUUCCAAUUCUAAAAUUGUAUAGGACCCACGGUAAGUUUCAUUUUCCCGGGUAAACGAUACCCUUGCAACACUCGGGUAAAUUGGUUUCCUGAGUGGAGGGUAAGUAGAUAAAAAAGGAAAAUCUCAAAAUGCCUCCCCUCGGCCUCUGCGUUUCUCCUCUCACCUCUUGGCUCUCCUCUUCCACUCCAUCAUCUUGCUGCCAUUGGUUCUCUAAGUUGCUGCUGCUUGAUCUAGUCAUCGGCUCCAUCAUUGACUCUCCUCCAUUGUUGCUGCUUCAUCCUCCUCCACUCUGUUGUCGACACCAUUGAGCUGCUGUUGCUUCGCUUGUCGUCUCUGCUCACUGUUCUUUUUUCUCCAUUGAAAUGAUGCUUUUGGGAAUUUCUCCCUUCAAAGAUGCAAGUGAAUGGCUCAUUUUUUCAAAGAAUCAUAGCCAGAGAUAUGAGAUUUCCAAACUACUUUGCUGAAGCUAAAGACCUUAUUCAUAAGUUAUUAGUAAGUUAAAAGCACUUGCAGGUUAGAUUUAGUUUAGUUUGAGUUGUUAAGACACUUUUAUGUUUGUCCUAAAUACUACUUAUCUUCUUUAUCUUUUGUUCUUUUUGGAUCUUAACAAUGUCAUUCAUAUUGAGCUUUGCUUUGCCCGCCCACUCUCUCUCACACAAACACACACACACGCACAUAGCUCUAGAUGCCAUAUUUGUUCAAUCUAUUGUUUGCAAUUUAGACUUAAAGAGUAGUGGCAGAAGUUCCUUUCCAUCUUUAGUUUUAUUGCAAUUCAGACUUGAAGGAUGAGCAACAUUGCUUGGAAUUUGUUGUUUUCUUAUUUAUCAAUUAGUGGUGGGCUCAUAUCCCUUUAGCCUCAAUUUAAACCCAUCCUUAGUUUUUGUCAGACCCAAGUUUUUACACUAGAGACUCAAAAUCUAAGUGCAUCUCUUGCAAAGCUUCUGGUAAGUUGGGUUGGGAUCAAGGGGCUGUAAAUGUGUUAGGUUCAGAUUAGAUCUUUGGGACAAAAAACUUUAAAUUAAUUUCUUUGGGACAAAAAAAACUUUAAUUUACUUCUACCUAUAUAGAAAUUUGUACAAUUCAAGAGACAUAGGAGUUUUUGUUUUCUUGAAGAUGCAUUUCCAUUUUCCUUUUCAAUGAAGAGAUGCAUUUCUGCAUUAGAUUUGUAGAUUAUCUCCAUAAUAGAUAGAUAUUCACUGAUUCAUGUCCUGAAUUGUGGGUUAUAUAUCUGCCAUUAUUUGCAAUAAUGUCUCUGAGCUUUGAAUCGCAAAGAGCUGGACAGACCAAGUAUGUUCCAAAUGCACGCUCACUUGAUGUGAGCAAUGGACCUACAGUCCCACCAACUGCUUCUGACUUUGUUGGAGCUGCAUCCCAAGGAUCAAACAUGUCGAGCAGCAUGCUUGCUGCUGCUACCCCCAGCACCAGAAACAUAUACUUGCCUGAUCUUGCUGCAAAAAUAACUGGAAUGCUUUUGGAGAUGGAUAACUCAGAACUGCUUCUUUUGCUGGAGUCACCCGAGUCAUUGGCUGACAAGGUAGAAGAAGCAAUGCAAGUGCUAAAACUCUCCAAGACCAGAGUUUCUAGACAGGAUUCUAUUCAUCCAAAUUAUUUAUCGGCUGAGAUUGCAGUCAACUAAAUAUACCUUAUCUGAGGUUGUGCUCCAAGAAGCAGUGCUAGGAUCCACCCAACUGUUUUUGAUCUGGAACAUCAAUUAAUGUCUUGUUUUGUGAAGUGGUUUUUAACUUGUUAUUAGUGGUAUGAUGUUUAACUUGCUAUAUCAGAUUUCUUAAUGAUGUUUUUGAGUGAUUCAAAGCGCCUUGUAGUGAGAUCUGAACAAGUUAUUCUGUGUUCUUGAUCUUUCCUCCACAGGUUAUUGAAUGAGUUAUUGUUUGGAUAGGUUA